CCUGAGAAUUUAUUAUCAGUUCAGUUUCAUUUCAUCUUUCUUCUUUCAUCAGAAAUAUUUCUUCAUUCUGUUUCUUCUGUAACGUUCUUCCGCACCAAAAUGCAAUUGAAUUGAAAUGAAUGCGAUGAGAGUGUGAAUUCCGAUUGUAUAGAAGUUCUACCGUCUACGUUCCAGUGUUCGGCAAAUUCCACCGAAGAUAAUUUUGUGUAUGGGUAUUGGGUGUCUGCUUGACCUAAAAACGAGGUGAUUACAUUUUUCUUUGAUUACACGUGUUGUCUGUAAAAAUGGAUGCCCCUGCGAUUGGAAUCGAUUUGGGCACAACGUACUCAUGUGUUGGAGUUUUCCAGUACGGGAAAGUUGAAAUUAUUGCUAACGACCAAGGUAACAGAACGACGCCAAGUUAUGUAGCGUUUGCAGGAAGCGAAAUUAUGGUCGGAGACGCAGCAAAAAAUCAAUCAGCUAGGAACGUUGAUAACACUGUUUUCGAUGUCAAAAGAUUGAUGGGUUGUGAAUUCGACGAUUCUGCAGUUCAGGCAGAUAUAAAGCAUUGGCCAUUUCAAGUUAUAAACUAUGACAACAAACCGAAAAUACUAGUAGAAUUUCAAGGCACUCCUAAAGCAUACUGCCCUGAAGAAAUAUCCUCUAUGGUCUUGAGAGAAAUGAAGAAGACAGCAGAAGCUUAUUUAGGCCAACUGGUCAGAAAUGCUGUUAUCACGGUUCCAGCUUAUUUCAACGAUUCACAAAGAGCUGCUACAAUGGAUGCCGCUAGAAUUGCCGGUUUGAACGUAUUACGAAUUAUCAAUGAACCGACCGCUGCUGCUAUUGCUUACGGAUUAGAAAAAAAACAUUCCGACGAACAGAAUUUAUUGAUUUUCGAUCUCGGUGGUGGAACAUUCGAUGUCUCCAUACUGACUCUCCAAAACGGUGUAUUUGAAGUAAUUUCAACCGCUGGUGACACUCACUUAGGUGGUGAAGAUUUUGACAACCGAAUGGUCAACUAUUUCAUUGAAGAAUUCAAGCGCAAACAUAAUAAAGACCUUACCGGCAGUAAAAAAGCGUUGCGUCGCUUGAGAACUGCUUGUGAACAAGCAAAGAGAACUUUAUCGUCAGCGACUCUGGCAUCAGUCGAAAUCGAAUCACUUCUAGAUGAUAUUGAUCUCUGUUCCGCAAUUUCUCGUGCUCGUUUUGAAGAAUUGAAUGCUGACCUAUUCCGAAAUGUAAUGACAAUAGUUGAAAAAGCAAUUCAAGAUGCUGAAAUCACUAAAAGCCAAAUUAAUCACGUCGUUUUAGUUGGUGGAUCGUCUCGCAUUCCAAAAAUACAGAAGAUGCUUCAAGAUUUUUUCAAUGGUAAAGAAUUAAACAAAACGAUCAAUCCGGACGAAGCUGUGGCCUAUGGCGCUGCCGUUCAAGCUGCCAUUCUGAAUGGCGAUGAAUCGGAUGUGGUACGAAAUUUGGUUUUAUUCGACGUUACGCCGUUAUCGUUGGGUAUUAAUGUUCAACGAAUAGAUGAAUUAUAUGGCAGGACAUCUAUUGUCCUCAAACGCAAUACUCCAAUUCCAGCCACACAUACUAAAGUAUUUGUUACGACGGUAGAUUAUCAAACCGAGAUACUAUUCAAAGUAUACGAAGGUGAAAAUGUUCUGUCGAAGGAUAAUCAUUUACUUGGGCAGUUUUUGCUUACCGGUAUCCCUUCUGCACCUGCUGGCGUAGAAAAAAUCGAUGUAACAUUCGAAAUCGAUGCUAACGGUAUCUUAAAUGUAACUGCUGUCGAAAGAGCGACAGGUAGCUCAAACCAUGUAACCAUCUCGUACAUAAAAAGUCGUCUCUGUAAUGAUGAAAUUGAGCGCAUGAUUGAUCACGCUGAAAAAUUACGAGUUGAAAGAGAAAAUCGAAAUGCAGUAUUAAUCGCGAAGAACUCUUUAGAAUCAUAUUGUAUCAAUGUAAAAAGAACGGUAGAAAACGAGAACUUGAAAGUUGAAAUCGAUGAAUUCGAUAGGGACUUAAUUUCGAAGAAAUGUGAAGAAACCAUUUUCUGGUUAGAUUCCAAUCAAGCAACCGAAAAAGAAGUAUUCGAACGUAAAGAAAAAGAACUCAGAGAGAUAUUCGACAUCAUUAUUUCCAUCGCCGCUGAACCCUCUACGAGAAAUGACAAAUAUUACGAAAUACUAGAAGUAACGAAAAAUGCCUCCAAAGAAGAAAUCGAAACGGCAUACAGAAGACUAGCUGUCAAAUUCCACCCUGAUCGAUACGAAGGUGAUCAGGAGCUGGGUAAUAUGUUCUGGUUAACCGUUGGUAAAGCGAAAAAUGCUCUCAUCAAUCCAGCAAAAAAAAGGAGAAUUUAGUUUCAUCGCGGGUGCUUGAAGAGUAGACAAAAUUCUGAACUCAGUAAAACAAAUUCAAUCAUUAACAAAUACGGAUUUUGGCGAUCGAAGGUUAUCAAUUUUAAUCAUGACGUGCGUUUUGAUUCCGAAGCUGAUCGUUUGGUGAAAAUUCGUCAAGAUUCAAUUGACAAUACUUGUGAUAAAUUAGUAUUUUAGUUUCACCUUCUAACUGUUAGGUACAUGGCGUAUUGUAUUUUACCUACAUGUUAUUAUUCCCAAUUCCCAUUUAAAUGUUAUAUUUUUUUUCUAUAAGGCAUUUUGUAUUGAAUGAAACAUUUUUGCGUUAUUUUGUUAUUAAAUAAGUGA